AUGGAGGGACACUCCUCCACCCAUCCCGCCAUCCCCCACUCUGAGCUGGAGAGGACUAGCAUUGGGCAGAAUCAAGACAAGGUGGAUGGGGAUGAACAUGCCAGCAGUGGAGGGGUGGAGGAGAGGGGGCCCUGCCCCGACCUAGUGGAAGCAGGCAGGGAUAGAGGUGGUGCCAUGGAGGGAGGAAGCCCCUGUGAGGAGGCCGGUAAAGCCGGGGAGGACCCAGCGUUAGCUGAUGCUAAAAGUCUGAAUGAAGGUCCAGGCAUGGAGCCAACAACACCUUCGGCAGAGAAAAACCAUAGCACUCAAAAAGGGGUGAGUCCUUUCAAGGAGGGGGAGGUGAGAGAGGGAGGGGCUGGAGGAGAGGAGGGAAGAGAGGAGGGUGGCAGGACUGCUCCACUGACUCAACAGGAUCAGUACAAAAGCCAUAGCCCAGAGAGUAACACACAGUGUGAGGAGAAGGCCAGAACACCCAGACAAUCCACCCAAAACGUGAGAGAGAAGAAGAAGAAGGAGGGUAAAACUGCCAAGAUGGACCAUCGAGAUGAAAGAACAGCUCCACACCAGAAAAACCAGGAAGAAAAUUGCUGUUCUGCUUCAGAGGGAGUUACUGGUGAGAUGUAUAAUCCAGUUGUGGAGAAAACUGAUGGCACUGUUUCAAUGGGUGAGAGCACCAUGGAAUACAAGAAGGAAGGUUCUGUGAAAGUCGGCAAGGAUGGGACUAAUACUGAAACUACUGAUGACGUCAUUCAAGAGGGAGGAAGAAAUAUGUUGACUGUUCAGAAAGACCAGGAAAUGAAAAUGAAAAAUGAACCCUCAAAGGCAGUUGAGGAUGGAGACACCAGGUGCAUUUAUGGAGAAGUAGGCGAUUUGAGAGAGCUGAAAGACCCCUACAAGGCUGAACUUCAAUCACCAUUAAAAAAGACAAAAGGGGAAAAGUCUCUGUUAGCCGUGGGUGGUACCUUGAAUCAUGACCCUCCAACAACGGGACAGGUAAAGCCACAUGGAUAUGAAAACAAGGGUGACAUUGAGAAAGAAAAUAAAGUGUCAGAGGUGGCAAGGUGUGACAUUAAGCCUGACCUGAAUGAUAAUCACAAACAAAGUGAGCUGGAAGGGGCAGGAUCCCCUACAACUAACCCUCCCACUCAAAGGGACAAAGAAGCCUUGCCCAUGGGGCAUACAGAGGAGCCCAGCUCCAUUUUGGAGAAGCUUCUGAAAAUAAACAAAAAUGAGCCGUCUCCAGAUCUCUCCAAAGUUAAAAAGGUGGUCUCUGUGUCAAGGGACCAGUCUGAUGACCAUGACCAGCUGCAACCUGAGACAAAGCUUCAUUCAGUGGCUGUGGAGACAGGGGCUGUGCCAACACCAAAACCUGCAGUGAAGGAAACAACACCAAAACGUGCUGCCAAGGAAACAACACCAAAACCUGCCGCCAAGGAAACAACACCAAAACCUGCUGCCAAGAAAACAACACCAAAACCUGCUGCCAAGGAAACAACACCAAAACCAUCCGCUGAUAUUGCAAAGACAGCUCCAGAUCAAAAUAACCCUGGAUUACAAUGUCAUAUUGAGGAGGAAACCAUAAUGUUAUCAUCCUCUGUAUGUACAACAGAGAGACCCCCUGGAGCAGAAGUUAACACUAAGCCCUGCCAUGAGGAGAUUCAUCCACAAAGCCUAGAAAAAAGUGACCAGGCAGGGAAAACUACUCAGGACUCUACAGAUAUCAUCUGUCCACCAGCUCCACCUCUGGAGACUGGAUCUGUCACUGAUAGAGAAGCGGGAAUGUCAUCACUGAUGGAUGAGGCUGACUGUAAGGCUUCAGAGCAGGACUUUGCAACAACAGCUGCCUCGCCCCAAAAUGAGGGGAAGACGAUGAAAAAUACUCCCCCAGCUGAGACCCCAUCACCAGAGACUUCACAGACAAGUCUGCCUGUUAAAGGCAGGCCCUCCACUAGGAGUGAGGUCAUCACAGAAAAACCUGCAUCUUCCUCAAUGUCUGAUGAGGGCGUCAUUGAGUCUACUGAGUCUACUGAGUCUCCAUUCUGCAAUAAAGAGGAUGAUCAAACCACAGAGCCCCUGCCUUUGCACAACAUUGAUGAAUCACCAAGCGCUAUCACUGUCACUGAGAUUCCUCCACCAACACCCAGGCAAUGCACCUCAGAGGCCUUGCAUGCUGAGUCUAUGGAGGAGGCUAAGACCAUGAAGGACCCUCCUCAAAUAACACACAUCCCAGUUGUAGUGAUAGAGGCUGCCUCAGCCUCGGUAGGAACUGGAAGUGCUCUAUCAGAAGAAAGCCAAGAGAGUAUGGAUAAUCAGAACAAAGAUGAGAAGCUUCAGUCUCAAGAUUUUACUUUCAAAACAGAGCUUGUGUCAGAGCAAGUCACAGAGAGCAACACUGCAGUCCACUUUGAUGAACAGUCUACCCAGGACAACGACCAAACUGUCUCAGAGAGUGGCAAACACCAGGAUACUCCUAAAUCAAGGCCUGUCUCUGAACUCUUAAAGGAGAACAUUCUACUACAAGAAAAACUGAAGCAUCCGGAUAUGACAAAGCCAUUGGAAGCUAAACCUGAUGGAGUUUCAGAGCAACCCCAGUCUGUGAAUGUGGCUCAAAUGUUGGCGGCUUUUGACACCCCCAAGAAAUCCCCAGAGAAGACACUGGAGAGGAAACCAUCUAGAACGACUGAGGCAGAGUUGUGCAUUAGCACAGUUGAAGAUACCAUCGCUAGACAUGACCAGGUCUUGAUACAACUGCAAAAGGACAAUGCCUACCUCAAAAACAAGGUAGAUCAGAUGGAGAACCAGAGUAGACGUAGUAAUAUCCGUGUGGUGGGAUUGAAAGAGGACACUCAGGGCCGUGACCUGGUCCGUUUCUUCACUCAAUGGAUCCCGGAGGUCCUAGGCAUAAUCAACUUCACCAAGCCGCUGGAAAUCGAACGUGCCCACAGAACAUCAGCGCCGAAACCCCGGCCAGAUGAGCCGUCCUGA